AUGGAUAACUAUUAUAAAGGUAAAAAUGUCGAAGAGGAAUUGGAGCGAUCCAAAAUACCAAUUAAUGGUAUUCCAGAAAACUUUCUAUGGAUGCAGGUAAAAGGCGGCAGCAAGAUGCAGAAUUUGAUAUCACACGCAGCUGGUAUUCUUGAGGAUAAGGCAGCUACAGUGGUUGUAUGGACUGGAGUUGGGGUAGCUAUUGCUAAAGCCAUAUCGUGUGCUGAGAUCAUUAAGCGCCAAUUUUCAAUUCCCCAUCAGAUAACGAAACUUGCAUAUAAAAGUGUUGAAGAAUAUUGGGAGCCAAAAGUUGAUGGCCUUGAAACUAUUGUAGUGAAAAGACAAAUACCAGUUAUACAUAUACUUUUGUCAAUGGAAGAGCUUGUUGAUUGUAAUCAACUUGGAUCCUUCCUUAAUAUGCCUCAUCUUUUAUCUAGACAAAAGGACAUACUAGAAAAUUUCACCAUAGACAUGCUACCAUUUUCAAAAUUAUAA